AUGCCUGCGGGUGUCACUUGGGGUCAGUAUAUUUCUUUUACAUUAGCAGCAAUGCUAUCCAUGCUAGCAGGAUCACAAGUAGUUCAUAACCACUAUAAACCUUUGGUGGAUUUACAUAUUUACAUAAACAAAGAAUUAGAAAAUCUUCCAGCAAAUGUUCAAGAAAAAAUUAGGUCUGAGUUGAAGGAAGAAGGUGUAUUAAAAGGAAAGAAAUGAAGAUAUUAUAGUACAGUAUAAUAGCAAUAUUGUAGAUAUGCUAUUGUAAAUAAAUAUUUAUAUGAUUA